ACGGGGCGCCGCCUCCGGUAGCCACGCUCCGUUCCGUUCGGCUCCGUUCCGCUGCGCUCCGCCGCAGACACCGGCAGGGCGCCGGGUGAGCCUGGCAGGCUAUGGGAUGGAUGAAGCUGAGCAGGACCAGUAUGAAGCCCGCCUCAAGGAGCUCUUUGACAGCUUUGACAGCACGGGCACGGGGUCGCUGGGGCAGGAGGAGCUCACUGACUUGUGCCAUGUACUGCACCUGGAGGAGGUGGCCCCGGCAUUGCAGCAGACCCUGCUCCAGGGCAACCUCCUAGGCAGGGUCCACUUUGAUCAGUUCAAGGAAGCACUUAUCCUCAUCUUGUCCAGAACACUGUCAAAUGAAGAGCACUUCCAAGAGCCAGAUUGCUCCCCAGAAGCGCAGCCCAAAUACAUCAAAGGCAACAAGCGCUACGGCCGCCGGUCGCUGCCGGAGUUCCAGCAGUCUGUGGAGGACUUUGCUGAGGUGACUGUCCUCGAGCCGCUGGGAGAGGAAGUGCAGCCUCCACACAUCACAACCAGCGGCCGUGAGGAGCGCUGGAAGACUCAGGACAGCGAGGAGUACGAGGCAGAAGGGCAGCUGCGCUUCUGGAACCCAGACGACUUGAAUGCCUCCCAAGGCACAUCACUGCCCACACCAGAAUGGGUGGAGGAGAAGCUGCAAGAGGUCUGUGAGCACCUUGGCAUCUCCAGGGAUGGCCACUUGAACCGCAAGAAGCUCAUCUCCAUCUGUGAGCAGUUCGGGCUCCAACACAUCGACGGGGAGGUGCUUGAAGAGGUGCUCCAUAACCUGGAGCAGGAUGGCACUAUGAGUGUGGAAGAUUUCUUCUACAGCUUGUUUAGGAAUGCAAAGCCACUGACACCCUCAGCAUCUACCCCGUACCGACAGCUGAAGAGACACCUCUCCAUGCAGUCCUUUGAUGAGAGUGGCCGCCGCACUGCAGGCCCCGCCGCCAUGCCCAGCACCGUUGGGUUCUGCCUCUUCUCCGGCCUGGAUGAUGGCAUGGGUUAUGGCUGUGUGGAGGGCAUCUUGGACUGCUGGCACCAGGAAGGCAUGGAGAACAGCCAGGACGUCCUGAAGGCUUUGGAUUUCAGCUUGGAUGGGAAGGUGAACCUGACCGAGCUGACGCUGGCACUAGAAAAUGAGCUUCUAAUAACCAAGAACAGCAUCCACCAGGCGGCCCUGGCCAGCUUCAAGACAGAGAUCAGACACUUGCUGGAGCGAGUUGACCAAGUGGCCAGAGAGAAGGAGAAGCUGCGCUCGGAUUUGGAAAAAGCUGAAAAACUGAAAUCUCUGAUGGCUUCUGAAGUUGAUGACCACCAUGCAGCAAUAGAGCGCCGCAAUGAGUACAACCUCAGGAAGCUGGAUGAGGAGUACAAGGAACGAAUCGGCGCUCUGAAGAAUGAGCUGCGGAAAGAGCGCGAGCAAAUCCUGCAGCAGGCUAACAGACAGCGGCUGGAGCUGGAGCAGGAGAUAGAGAAGCUGAAAACUGAUGAGAACUACGUCCGUGACCGCCUCACACUGUCCCUGAAGGAAAACAGCCGUCUGGAAAGCGAGCUCUUGGAAACUGGAGAAAAGCUGGCUGAGUAUGAAAGCCUGGCAAGCAAACUGCAGAGGAACUUGGAAAAUGUCCUGGCUGAGAAGUUUGGGGACCUGGAUCCCAGCAGUGCGGAGUUCUUCCUGCAGGAGGAGAGGUUGGCCCAAAUGAAGAAUGAAUACGAGCUGCAGUGCAGGGAGCUGCAGGACCAGAUCGAUGAGCUGCACUCAGAGCUGGAGGAGUACCGCACUCAGGGCAAGGUGUUCAGGCCGUCCCUGAAAAACUCACUGUCAGAGGAGUUUGAUAUUGAUAUCAAAAGCUAUGGCAACAGUGGCGUUGAACCUGACCAGGGACUUGGGUCAGAAGACUGCAAUCCAUUAAAUAUGAGCAUAGAGGCUGAAAUGGCCAUCGAGCAAAUGAAGGAGCAGCAUCACAGGGAUUUGCAUCACCUCAAGCAGGAGCUGGAAGACACUGUGAGUCACUAUGAGAAGCAGCUGGGUGAGACGAAAACCCACUGUGAGAAGGAGCAGGAGGACAUGAGGAAGAAGUACAGUGAGGAGAUGCGUGUGAUGGAGAAGCAGAUAGCUGGGCUCAGAAGCCAAGUUGCAGAGCUGCAAGGAGAGGCUGCAGCACUCAGGGAGCAGCAAGAAAAGCUUGGCUGUGAACAUAAUGCUGAGAAAAACAAGCUGCAGGUCAGCUUCAGUGAGGAGAAAGCCAAUCUGCAGGAGCUGCUGAGGCAGGAGCACGAGGACGAUGUUAGAGCCAGGUUGGAGCAGGCCAAUGAGAAGUUCAGUCGAGAACGGGAGGAGCUGAUCCAGAACGGAGUCUGGGCAGAGGAGAAAAUGAGAGCACUGCUGCAGGCACUGCAGGAUGAGAAGGGAGAGCUGGAGCACGGCUUCCAUCAGCAGCUGGAGAGGAUGGCAGAAGCACAUGCCCUGGAGAAGGAGGAGCUGCUGAGGAAGCACAGGCAGGAGUUGGAGGAGGAGAGGCAAAAAAUGGAAAGUGACUAUAACAGAAGAGCAUCUCAUGCUGAAAGCCAGUUCUCUGCUGACACCCAAACACUUGUGAAUAAGUAUGAAGAAACCAUCCAAAGUCUGGAGGGCCGCUACCAGCGAGAGCUGCGUGAGUUUGUGGAACUGCAGAGAGAGGAGAAGGCUCAGUGGGAGUUUGAAAGGGAUGAGAUUGCCCAGGAGGUCGCUGAAGCCCACGAGCAGCUGAAGGAAAGCCUGGCAAAUGAGAAGGCUGCAUCUGUUGCCCUGAGCCGAGAGAAGGAGCUCCUGGAGAAGAAGUUUAAGGAGGAGGUGAACAUGUUGGUGUGCGAGAAGGAGCAGCUCCAGAAAGAACUGCAGGAGCUGAGGGAUGCUGCUGAGGAGCGGGAGAGAAAGCUGAGCAGUGAGAUGCUACAGCUUCAAAAUGACCACGAGAGAGAGCUGAAGGACAAAGAGGAGCGUAUCAACACGGUGGAGGAAAGUGGGAAACUGAUCAGGCAAAAGCUGGAGAGACUCCAUAGUGAGUAUAAGCGGGAGAAGGAAGAACUGAAUUCCAAGCUUCUGGCCUUGGAAAGUUUAAACAAAGACAUUUGUGUGAAAGCAGAAGCAGAAAAGGCAGAGAUGAAUUUGGAAAUCUCAAACCUCCAAGAAAAAGUGCAGAAGUUGCAGUGGGAGAACCUUAGUUUUUCUGCACUACAGAAUCACUAUCGGGUCCUGGAAAACGAAUACACCAAAGCAAAGAGCAAAAUAGCUUCUUUCUCUGCUACGGAGCCGCUGGGAGAUGAUGCAGAUGUGCUCAUAAACCUGCAGAAAGUGCAUGAGCAAGCUGUGAAGGAAAAUGUCAGGAUGGCUGCUGAGAUUGUCAGGCUGCAGCAAAGGCUGCAAGAUGCUGAGUGCAGAUCCAUGGGGCGUGCCUGGCCUAAUUGCUCUGACCAAACAUUGCAGCUGCUAGAUGAAGUGAAUCCUCUUUUUGGAGGGCUGCCCUGUGACUGUAGAGAUGAAGGCAAGGGAGCGGAUCUGGAUGGCUGUCAGUUCCUGGAGGCUGAUGCUACAGACCUGGAAGAAAGGAUGGGUUGUGGUUUGGAGGAGCCGUGUGAUGGAAGCAGAGCGGACAGUGGUGCUCCUGAGGUGUGGAUGUGCCACGUGCCAGGGGGUAAAAUGGCACUGGAGAGUGAUGGCAACCUUGACUUGGACAAGGAUCUAGAGGUGGGUUCUCAGGUGCCUCUGCUGCAAACAAACAGAGAUCUUGAGGGAGUACCCAGGCUAAAAAUACUCCAGAAUGGUAUUGAACAGCAGAAUGUCUGUCUGCUAAGUAACAGAGCAGCUCCCAAGAGUAAAAGCUUUCAUCCUGAUGCUUCAAGGCUGCAGACUGAACUUGAGCACAUCAAAGAACUGGAACGUGUUCCUGGAUUGAUGAACGGUGACCUGGAAAGUGCAAUACCUCAACUCUGGGAGAAGGUUGAAGAGUUGCAAGAAAGAUUGAUGGCACAAGCCAAGCUGCUGUCACUGCAAGAAGAAAUUCAGGCAGAAAAUGAGGGCCUGAAAUCUGAAGUGAUGAAGUUAGUAGAAAAAAACAGAGUUCUGGAAGACAACCUGUGUGAACUGAGAAGCUUUCAUUGCAAGCUAGAAGAAAGAGAGCUGGAAAGUAUGAAGCUCUGGGAAGAAAACACGCAGCUCCCCAAAACAGUUAGAGAACUGAAAGAUGGCCAAACCCAAAGUGUUGGAGGAGAAAUAGAUGUGUCCAGGGAGAAGUUAAGGCUGCGAUGCCAGCUUGGAAAGCCAGAAGAACGGGCGGCAGUGCUUAAGGCUCUGCAAGAUGAGCAUGCCCAACGUGGCAGCACGAUGAAGGAAGCAUCAACAGAAAAGACAGGUCUGCAGGAGCACAGUGAGAUGCUGGAGGAGGUCCCCACUCUGGUUAACCCCAAUGCCAUGCAUCCCCAGGAGGAGGAGAGGAACGCAGUGACACGUGGCUUACAAAGCACGUGCACCGAGCUGCAGCAAAAAGUUGAUCUUUUGAGAUGUGAGGCUGAGAAGCUCAGAGAAGAAAACGCCAUUCUGAAAAACAAAGUGAUGCUGUUAAAUGAGGAGGGCAGUGCUUCCAGCCUGAAACUGCGGGAGCUGAAUGGAUCCCGGGAGGAGAUGCGGCUAAAGAUAGAGGCAGUAAGGAAGGAGAAAGUGGCUGUGCAGAAGAUGGUUGACAAUCUGAAAAAGCAGGUGGCAGAUCUGAAGGCCAGGAACCAGCAGCUGGACUCUGAAAACACAGAACUGAGCCAGAGAAACUCCAAAAACCAAGCAGAUGUGCAGGAUCUCAACCAACAGCUGGCAAGGGUGCUCAAGCAAAAGGAAAGGGAAGCAGGAAAAUGUACCCUGGAAGAGUGGGAAAAGGAGAGAUUGGCACUGAAAGAGGAACUAGAAAACAAUAAAGUGAAGUCAUCAAAUGUGGUGUCCUCCUUGGAGAUGGAGCUGUCAGAAAUGAAAGUUCAAGCUCGUGUGUUGGAGCAGGAGAACCGCCUUCUCAAGGAGGAGUUGGAGAAGGCAAAGCAGCUGCCCAGGUGCCCUGACCUCUCUGACCUUCAGAACGAAGUCUCUAGCUUGAUGACUAAGAAUGAAAAGCUGCUGAAAGAAAAGGAAGCGCUGAGCGAGGAAUUAAGCAGAUGUAUUGAUAAGGUGGCCAAAGUAAGCUGCUUGGAGAGCGCUGUUGGCAGCUUGAAGCAGGAGCAGAAGUCCUGGGAACAACAGAGUCAGACCCUGAAAACGCAGCUAUCAGCUUCACAGGAGAAGGUUCAGAGCCUGGAUGAAACCCUGCAGAACACCAGCCUCCAAAUGUCCUGCCUGAGGUCGGACCUGCGGGUGGCACAGCAGGAGAAGGAAGCUCUUGAGCAAGAGGUGAUGUCUUUACACAAGCAGCUGCAGAACGCCAAUGAGAAGAACAGGGUCCUAGCACGGGCUGUGCCUUCCCCAGGGUGCACACAGCAGGACGAGCUGGAGCAGCUGAUGGCCCAGGAGCAGCAGCUGCUGCGGCAGGAGAAGGAACGGCUGCAGAGGGAAGCCCGCAGCUCUGCCACAGAGCUGGUGCAUGCCAGGGAGAAGAUCCGACAGCUGGAAUCCACUGUCCUCUCCUUAAAGCAUCAGAAGCAUCAAAGCCAGUCAGGUAUUGUCAAAGCCAUAGAGCAGGAGAAACUAAGCUUGAAGAGAGAGUGUGAACAGCUACAGAAGGAGUUGUCCUCUGCCAAUAGGAAGAUCAGUCAGAUGAAUUCUGUUGGACACGAAUUGGAAACAAGCUCAGAAAAUGAAGGGCUAAGGAAAAAGCAGGUCAAGCUGGACGAUCAGUUAAUGGAGAUGCGACGCUCGAGCAGCAGCGGGAUGCUUAGCCAGCCCCUGCACCCCCGGGAGCUCCCACAGCAGGGCUGUGCCGUGGUGCCCAGGGAGCAGUUCCUGCAGCUCCAGCAGCAGCUGCUGCAGGCGGAGCAGCGGGGCCAGCGGUUGCAGGAGGAGCUUGAGAGCAGACCUUCUGAAACCCACAUGCAGCAGGGGGGCCAUGAGCAGCUUCUAAAGAUGAUGGAAGAGCGGAUGAUGGAUGUUGAACAGAAACUGAGGCUCGUGAAGAGGCUUCUCCAAGAUAAAGUAAAUCAGCUGAAGGAACAACUUUCCAAGAACACCAAAGCAGACGCAGUGGUCAAGGAUCUCUAUGUUGAGAACGCUCAACUGCUGAAGGCUUUGGAGAUGACGGAGCAGCGCCAGAAAACUGCCGAGAAGAAAAACUAUUUACUAGAAGAGAAGAUCGCCAACCUCAAUAAGAUCGUAAAGAACUUGGCAUCCCCAUCUUUCAGUUCAGCAGCUGAGUUAAGGUCAUAGCAAAGCCCUGAAGUACGCCACAAUCCCGUGCACUUUACUGGAAUUGUAAUAUUUCAGCUUUUCACUGCGUUGCCUUUUUGUAUUGCGGAACCUUUAGUUAAGAGAUGCCUCCAAGGGGUGGCAGAGCUAAAUCCCAAGCAGACACUGCCUACAGAGAUCCUUAUGUUUAUUCCCAAACUAUUUUUCUGCUCAGUUUUGGCUAAAAGUAAUCUUUGCUAUGUAAAAAAAAACAACAAAAAAAAAAGGAUGUUUUUCUAGGUUAACUUAUUUUGAUACUUUGGUUUUAAUUUAAAACACGGAUGCUGAAUAUACUGAAUUGAUUAUUUCUAUUUAGGUCGAAGCACAAACUGCUGGUAUUCAACUAAUGACUUUAAAACCCUUUUGGUUUUCUGGGAUACUUCUUGGUCCAAACCUAGUAAUAUAAUUAUAAUAUAAUCAGGCUCAUCUGAGUUGGAAGGGACCUGUAGGUCUGCUCCAACUGGAACAGGGAACGAGGAGGGACAUCUACAGUCUGAAUACUGCUGAUGGAAUUGCUAUUGAAAGCAAGACUUUCCCGGUGGUGUCUGUAUCCUGCAAUACGAUUCUAGUUUCUGUAAAGCAAUAUGCUCCACUUCUGCAUUAGGAAUCUGGGUUAUUCCUCAUGGCUGCUUCUCCACAGAAGAAAAGCAGUCAAAGAUGCGUAAAUAGACUACUGCCUCCAACUGACAUAACUGUGUUUUAUCUGGAGAAAUGUCCCAGGUGGCAAAUAAAGACUACUGCUCUUUUUUUAUUAUUUUUUUUAAGAAAUUGUACAGGCCUUUUUUUUUUUUAAUACAAAACCAUAGAAGAGUUUCUUCACCAAACAGAAGCGAAGAAAUGUAAGUUGUGCAUUCAGUAUAGUGGUGGAAUAUUAUUACACAGCUGGCAGAAGAAGGGAGAGGGGAACUUAGUGAUGUGGCUCUGGGCAGCCUGGGCUGCUGGUUGGCGACCUGCACACAGCAGGGGUUGGAACUGGAUGAGCAUCGUGCUCCUGUGCAACCCAGGCCAUGCUGUGAUCAGGCCUCACAGACCUCUGUCACUAACGCAGUGCUCUGUGUGAUGUGGUGAUUUGCAAGGACGUGUCUUUUGUAGUGGGUCUGAGUACAGAAGCUAAGUUUGCAAUUAACGGUGAGGAAACAAACUCGAUGUGAAUACAAAGAACUCAGGGAAUAAGACAUUCGUUUCCUUCAGUUUAAUAGAUGCGGAUGUUGAUGUCAAUAGAUGGAUGUUAGCAUGCGCUAGGGAGAGCAGGAUGAACAGAAUUACGUUCAGUCGAGUAUUGCCUUCGUACCCCCUGAGCAACCUGCAGUGGUGCUGCAGUCAGGAAGGCUGAAGAGCACGCAGUCCUGUAAUGACAGGUGGUGAUUACACCUCCUAUCUGAUGAGUUCAUGGGGAACGCAGGCUUUUUGGGAUCACCUUCAGGAGUGAGAUGGGCCCAACAGCAGUCGCUGAAUGAGAGCUCACACGCUUUGGAGCUGGUUGUAACCAAUUAUUACCAAUGGUCCAAAUGUGAUGCUAGCUUUCCUUACAAAUGCUGGUCUCCAUCAGACCAGUAAGGUGUACUUAUUGUAAAUAAAACCAGUGAAAGGGGCCAUACUGGCAAUACUUGAAACUGGACCUCUUUAAAUAUGCAUAAAUCGUGGGUGCAGGAGGGGAAGAUGGGAGCUUUAUCUCUGGGACUACUAGCAAGGUGACAGUUGUGACAGCAUUUGUGACGUGGCAGCUGUCUCCUGGACAUUGGGAUGCAACUGCCCCUAUGGAAGGUGACUCUCACUCAGCAGCGUGGCUGUAGGGGAUGCUGCCUUUGUCUAAAGGGUUACCUGCCACUCACAGGGCUGAGGGACUGAACUGCACUUGCUGGGUACGACCUCCUCUUCUCCUCCUCCAUUGCCUUAUAGGAAAAGACAUACCAUAGUGGCAGAAUAUCUUGGAGGAACAAAAAUUUCCUUUUAAAUUAUUUCACUAUUCUGCUGUUGUGAAUGCCUGUACUGGUUAUUUGUCUAUGUAAUCUCAGAGAUCCACAUAUCUUAUAAAUCUCCGCUGCCUAAACACGUUGACAAAUAGCACUGACAUGAGUUGGAGCUUGAUUUUAAAAUUUGAAGUUGAGAGAUCCUUCUUUUAAUAUUGGCACAGGUUGCCCAAGGAGGCUGUGGAUGCCCCAUCCCUGCAGGCAUUCAAGGCCAGGCUGGAUGUGGCUCUGGGCAGCCUGGGCUGCUGGUUGGUGACCUGCACACAGCAGGGGUUGGAGCUGGAUGAGUGCUGUGCUCCUUUGCAACCCAGGCCAUUCUAGGAUUCUGUGAUUCUAUAUUAAUCUGUAAGUGGUAACAGUUGUAAUCAUAGAGCAGUUUGAGUCAGAAGGGACCCUUAAAGGCCAUCUGGUCCCACUCCCCUCAGUGGACAUGGACAUUCAGAACCCAUCCUCUGACCUUGGAUGUCUGCAGGGAUGGGGCCCCACCACCUUUCUGGGCAACUUGUGCAGUGCUUCAUGCUACACCUCUGUGUGUGGGUACCAGGGCUGUGUGUUAGCAGUGUGGUAACUGAGCACACCUUGAACUAUGCUUACCCUAUGGAAAUUAGCAAAGUUUCAAACUGUUUCCAGGAAACAACGCGUGGUAUGGUUCAGGUGAUCAGAACUGUGUUUGGAAAUGUAUUAUUAGCUAGUACAUACUAACACCAUAUGUUGUCCAGAAGUGAGGGGUCACUGUCCCUGGAGGUGUUCCAAAGCCAUGGAGAUGUGGCAUUGAGGGAUAUGGGCACGGUGGGCUGGUUGGGUUUGGGGAAUCUUGGAGGUGUUUUCUAACCUAAAUGACUCUGUGAUUCUAUGAAAAAAAGGGAGCCAAGCUAUAAUGUUAGCACUGCAAUACAGGGGAGAAGCAGAGGAAAGGGGUUCUAACUGUCCCUCUUCCCACCCUAUCCUGCCUCCUUCUACGUUUCUUUCUUCCAAACAUCAACCUAACCAACUGGAAAGGAUAGGAGAAGGGUGCAGGAGGAAAACAGUGGGCAAAAACUCAAAUCUCAUUGGAAUGCUUGUGUGAAUGAAUUCUCAGAAGUGCCUUUUGUCAUUACGCAUGCUGGAGCCUUUCUAUGCUGUACUACUUUUGCUGCUGCAGGACAAUUCAGGACAAACCCUUCCCAGGCGGGGGGAACGGUCACGGUGCUCCAACCAGCGUUGUGUUGCUUGUUGUGUCAGCUCAAGAAAUAAGCAGCUCGUCCCACAAAGUCAAGGCUACUGAAAAUAAGCAUAGAAACAUGCAAACAUGCAAAGCAUUUGUGGUCUUUUGUGCAUGAAUGUGUCUCCGGUGCACUGCAGGCAUUUUAAAGAUACCAAAGUAUUUAGUGGUGUGGUAAAUCACUGAGUUUCUGGGCCUCCUUGGUACAGCAGGGCUCGACAGUUAGGAUAUUAGUUACUUCAUCGCCAGAAGGUGUUUUAAAUGCUUUCAGCUCUUGCUUUAUGAAUCACUGUGAAAAUCAAGGCAUGUGGGUAUGCAGGGUUGGAGUUUAGGGAGGGGCAGAGCAAUCACGCUCGUAUCAAACGGAUGUGAGCUGAAUUCACCCCAUUGAAGUCCUCUGUGUCAAUUUAGAAUGGUAUAAAAGCAUUCUUUGCUAUGCAUACUCCCAUUACCACUUUGGGUACAAAGAGAAUGGAAAUAUUUCAAUUCUGACUGACAAAAGAAAGGGUUGUAACAUAUUUUAGCCAAAUGACAGGCGAGGUAGAGCUGGGGACAGCCUGGGUCUGUCAAGUACAACACAAAUGGCAUCACCAUCUCUCAGGUUUUCCACGGCUGCCUGCUGUGUGAGAUGCCACCACUGCUGACGUGUUUGCUGUGUAAACGGAGACCGUCGUGUAUGUUUGUUUUCGUUGGGUCUGUUGUGAUGUGCUGUCCUUACACCCCCAUGUAAAGCAGGAGGAACCAACCU